AUGCCAAGUCGAAUAUUAUCUGAAGGUUUUAAUAUAGAUCCGGGCACUUAUUCAGAUAUCUAUUGUAAACUACGAUAUUAUAUUCCAUAUACAGCACGUACUCUAUCUUCCACGUUCAUUGCUCUAGCAUCCAUCGAUAGAUUUGCAUCAAGUAGUCAACAACCAAAAAUUCGUAAAUUUAGCCAAUUGAAAAUAGCCUAUAUUGUCAUUAUAAUUGCUACCAUGUUCUGUCUGCUUAUCUUUGUACAUGUUCUUCUCUAUUUUAAUAUUGAAUUAAGUCUUGAUGAAUAUAAUCGUUUAUUACCUUCAUGCUAUGCACAAAAAGGCUUUUAUCGUAUAUUUGCGGAUUUUUUCUAUCUGACGUGUUAUACGCUCAUUCCACCGUUUAUUAUGAUUAUAUUCAGUAUCCUAAUCGUGAGAAAUGUAUUCAAUCUCCGACGUCAACUUGAUCCAGCAACAACAACAGCCAUGUGUCACCUUCAUCGAAAAGAUCGACAACUCAUUAUAAUGCUCAUUUUUCAAGUUGUUUCUAUUGUUAUUACUACAUUACCACAUGCUAUUCAAAAACUAUAUUCAACAUAUACGGCAAAUAUGCUCAAAUCGUCUUUAACACUAGCACAAGAGAACUUCCUAUUACAAUUAGUACGAUCAAUAUCGUUUAUUAAUCAUUCGUGUAGUUUCUAUAUAUUUACUCUUUCGGGUCAAACGUUUCGAAAUGAGUUUUAUAGAAUAAUUAAUAAAUGUGGUGCUUUUAAAAUUAAACUUCCAUUACAGCGUCCAUCAAGUAAUUAUUGA